AUGGCAUCUGUUCAACGUCAAGAGUCUGUUGCAUGCUAUAUCCCAAGCGUGCGGAGCGCGAGUCCUGGGACCGCAAUCCAACGUCGCAUGUCUUCACGGCUCAAGUUUGAUACCCAACGGAUUCAAACCUACCUCGAAAAUUCCCAAGAUCAAACAGCCCUUUCAAGUGUGCUUCAAGCAACAUGGGCUUUCAUCCUGCACUACUAUACUGGCCUGGACCAAAUCUGCUUUGCGUAUGACGAACUUGACCUGGCCGGCUCGCCUAGCAAGACUGGACCAUCCGUUGCAAAGGCGCAAUUUCACGAUGGUACAUCAUUGCAAGAUGUAUUAGAACAAUUCAAAGGCAUGGAAGGUAAGUCUUGGCUUCCUUCCGAAACUCACUCUGAAAAUAGAUCAACGCAUUUCCAUUACAAUACAACCGUGAUGCUUCACCUACGAAGUUCAGCCUCAAAUUUCUCGAGGCCCAGUGUCUCGGCAACUUCACAGGCCGCUAUGGCAUUGCCAGAAGGAUGCAAAGUCCGCGUGCUGGCCAAACAUGUCAACAACUCCCUCAGUAUUUUUCUUGAAUGGAGACAUCCAGAGAUUUCUCCAUCUUUUGCUUCGAAUAUAUCGGCGCUCUUCAGCCGCGUGCUUGACUCUUUAACAAGCGGCUCAGAGGCUACUGUUAGAAGCUUUAAUCUGAUCACAGAUAGUGAUAAACAGCAAAUAUUCAAGUGGAAUGCCGCUCCACCGACGAUUGUAGAGCGGUGCAUCCAUAAUUUAAUCGAGGACCAGGUCGAAUCCCAUCCGGAAAAGGAGGCUGUAUGUGCAUGGGAUGGAAGUUUCACGUAUGUCGAGCUCGACCGACUGGCCGCGAAGCUUGCCUUGCACCUGAUUGAGCUUGGAGUUCGUCCGGAAAAUCGAGUGGCCCUUUGCAUGGAUAAAUCAAAAUGGAAUAUCGUCGCCAUGCUAGCAGUGUUGAAGGCAGGCGGCGCCUUUGUUCCCUUGGAUCCAACACAUCCAAUCGCGCGUAUCCAGGGUCUUGUUCGGGCAGUGGAAGCAAAAAUCAUGAUCUGUUCGCCUGGCCAUGUCUCUCGUCUAUCAUCAGCAGUAGAGACAGCGAUUGCGCUGGAUCAAGAGCGACUCGACGCUCUCGCGGUGGAUGGCGGGAAGGAGCACCUCCCUUCGCCCGCGCACGGCAAGAACGCAGCCUACGUCCUUUUCACCUCAGGAUCUACGGGAGAGCCCAAGGGAACGGUGAUCGAGCACCAGGCCUUCUGCUCUGGAGCACACGUCCAUGGCCCGGCUAUGCUCAUAGAAUCUGAUUCUCGUGUGCUGCAAUUCGCAGCCCACACGUUUGAUGCCAGUCUAGUCGAGAUACUGACACCUCUUAUGCGGGGUGCAUGCGUAUGCAUUCCAAGCGAGGAAGCGAGACUCAAUGGAAUUGCCUCUGCGAUCAACGACUUGCGCGUGAAUCACGCCUUUCUCACGCCUUCUUUCAUUCGUUUCAUUGAGCCUGUCGAAGUUCCCGGCCUUCAGAGACUGGUCUUAGCCGGUGAAGCACUCACGCAGGCUAAUAUCGAGACAUGGUCAGCGAUCAACCUUGUCAACGGCUAUGGACCGACGGAAAGCUCUGUCGCUGCUAUAGUAAACGCAAACAUUACCAGAACGACUGCUUCUCAGGAUAUUGGAUUUCCAGUUGGUGUGAGAUGCUGGGUCGUUGACCCGGAAGAUCACAAUAUUCUUCUUCCAAUUGGUUGCACAGGAGAGCUUCUGCUGGAAGGCCCUUCCUUAGCUCGUUGCUAUCUCAACAAUGAGGAGAAGACUACGCAGUCAUUCAUUUUCAAUCCUGAGUGGACACAUAACGCCAAUAACAACGAGACACGUCGAUUUUACAAAACCGGUGACUUGGUACGAUACAACUCCGAUGCUGGGUCAUUUGAUUUCGUUGGCAGGAAAGACACCCAAAUAAAGUUCCAUGGACAACGAAUUGAAUUAGGCGAAAUUGAAUCUCAUCUCAUUCGUCAUCCGGUAAUUAAACAUGGCCUAGUAUUACUACCGAAAUCUGGUCCGGUGGCCCAGAAAUUGGUAGCGGUCGUGUCCCUUGAUGAUGGUUUAUUAGGCGACGUCUCUAGUGACCCAGUCCCUUUGAGGAUGUUGGAAACUGUUUCUUACGAGGAACAUAUUUCCAAAGCCAGGGGAAAUAUGAGAAACAUUUUGCCAACAUAUAUGAUACCCUCCAUAUGGUUGUGCAUUGAGUCAUUUCCUAUGCUUGCGUCCCGCAAACUGGACCGCCGAGCAACUCUGAGUUGGCUGGAGACUUUACCGAAAGAUACCAGAAACAAGUUGAUGCCAGUUUCAGAGGAAACUCUCGCAGGCACAAAUGGAGAAAUGAACGAUGUGGAAAUCAAGUUGCAACAAAUUUGGAGUCGGGUUCUCAAUAUUUCGCUGUCGAGGACUAGUUUAAACCACAGCUUUCUAAGCUUGGGUGGAGACUCAAUAACUGCCAUGACAUGCAUGAACCAGUGCAAGAAAGUUGGUCUUGGAUUAAGCGUACAGGAGAUUUUGCGCUGCGAUUCUAUCAAAGAACUGGCCAACUGCGUCAAACUGGUUGGUAUUCAAAACGAGUACCACGAGGAUAUUGAAGUGCCAUUCAACCUGUCACCGAUACAGAAACUGCACUUUGAUGUGCGCAGCGAUGAUGAAGGUCACUUCAAUCAAAGCUUUUUCUUACGACUAAACCGCAAAGUUGCAGAACAAGACCUGAGACAUGCUAUCACUGUUAUCAUGGCCCGGCAUUCAAUGCUCAGGGCUCGUUUCUCUUAUAACGAUUCUCAGCAGAGAUGGGAACAGAAAAUAACGCGCCAGUAUGACGAAUCAUAUCGUUUUGCUGUUCACGAAAUAUCGUCACAGGAGCAGGCAAAAGAAACCAUUGCUGACAGCCAAUCAUGUCUAAAUGCAGUUACUGGACCAGUUAUAUCAGUGGACCUCUUUUCCCUACAAGAUAGUAAUCAGCUAUUAUCACUAAUUGGCCAUCAUCUGGUCAUCGAUUUGGUGUCCUGGCGGGUUAUACUCGAAGAUUUGGAGGAGUUGCUCCUUCAUCCUUCAUCACCGUCACUGCUUGAACCCACGAUGCCGUUCCAAAGUUGGAGUCGCCUUCAAGAGUAUCGGAUCAAAGACGAUAAUUCAAAGCGCAUUGUAGAGACUGACAAUGUCCCCAUUUGUGACCUCUCAUACUGGGGAAUGAACGACAAUGUGAACACAUAUGGUGAGGUUGCUUGUGACGGUUUUGAGCUGGACCAUGCAACAACAUCAAUGCUUAUGACGGACUCCAACACUGCAUUACGCACAGAAAUAGUCGAUAUAUUGGUGGCCGCCUUGUUACAUUCCUUUGGAAAAACCUUUCCCGAUCAUUCAAUUCCCGUCGUACACAACGAAGGCCACGGUCGAGAGGCGUGGGAUCAAUCCAUUGAUAUUUCCCGAACCAUUGGGUGGUUCACUAUAAUCUACCCUGUUUUUGUCCAAGCAGCAGCUUUGGACAAUUUGAUCGACACUCUUGUACAAGUCAAAGACCGCCGCAAGCGAGUAAAAGACAACGGAAGAGAGUAUUUUGCAAGCAGCAUUUUGACAGACACCAGCGCGAAACAGUAUAAUCCAAUGGAGAUCACAUUCAACUACCUUGGUCGAUAUCAGCAGUUGGAAAGAGCUGGAGCAUUAUUCCAGCCAAUUCAUGGCCUGGCUGGUGAAACAAGUCAAGGUGGAGGAGCAGCCGACUUCGGGUCAGAGACUCCUCGAUUCGGGUUGUUUGAGAUAUCUGCUGUGGUCGUUCAGGAUGUGCUGAGAUUUACUUUCUCUUUCAAUGGUACGAUGAAACAUCAACAGAAAAUCCGGGAUUGGAUUUCGCUCUGCCACUCGACCCUUAGCCAACUAUCCUCAGAGCUAGUCUCUCUUCAGCCUCGACCAACAAUUAGUGACUUCCCAUUACUUUCCUUGAAUGAUACGGAUAUCUCUACUCUCCAUACAGAAAAGUUGCCAGCUUUGGGAAUCACGUCAUUCGGUGAUGUUGAGGAUAUGUAUCCUUGCUCACCACUGCAAAGAGGGUUGUUGAUUUCGACAAGCCGUGAUCUUUCUUUCUACGCUGUUCGAGGAACAUACGAAAUAAAGCCAACGAGAGGCCAGGUAGAUGUACAGUUGCUGGCUCAGGCCUGGCAGCAAACCGUGGAUCGACAUGCAGCGUUGCGAACCCUGUUUGUUGAAAAUCUCAGUUCGGACGAUUUGUAUUCGCAGAUUGUACUGCGUCGCUACGUUUCUUCGCCUCGAAUUCUCCGCUGCUCCAGUGAAGCUGAUGUGGCGUCUGUACUUGAUUCUAAUGUUAUGGGAUUCAGCACUCAGAAACCCUUGCAUCAAUUCACUAUCUGUGUGACUGACUCCAACCGUGUAUUCUGUCGAUUGGAAAUGAGUCAUGCUAUUAUGGAUGGAACAUCAAUCUCUCUGAUCUUACGGGACCUAGAGCAAGCUUACGCAGGAAAUAUCUCCCGGAACACCAAGCCACUUUUCAGCGAUUUUAUCUCUUACUUACAAACGGUGAAUAUUGGCGAUUCCAUUGAUUACUGGAAAUCAUACCUUUCUGGAGUUGAGCCAUGCCAUGUUUCUGUCUUAAACGACGGAUAUGGUUCAGAAAGAAAAUACAGCAGCCUCCGUCUAGAUUUUAAGAAAUUCGAUCUCCUUCAGUCUACAUGUGAGAAAUACAAAUUGACAGUCGCCAAUGCUAUCCACGGAGCCUGGGCCCUCACGCUUCGCUGCUAUACUGGGAGCGAUGAGGUCUGCUUUGGGUAUCUGCUAUCCGAAAGAGACGCUCCAAUCGAGAAUUCAGAAGAGGUCGUUGGACCUUUGAUCAACAUGCUCGCUUGCAGAGUCAAUAUGCCUGCAGAUCAUAGUCUCAGCAAUAUUUUACAAGGUGUCCAGGAAGAUUACAUGAAGAGUCUCCCAUUCAAACAUUUCUCCUUAGCGGACAUCCAGCAUGAGCUGGGACUUUCCGGAGUUGCUCUUUUCAACACUUGUCUUUCCUACCGAAAACUUCUACCUGAACCCGACAAAGUGCCACUGAUAAAAUUCGAGGAGCAUGGCGGCUUGCAUGAUCCUACGGAAUAUUUAGUAUCUAUCAAUGUCGAAGCUUCUGAUAAAGAAGCGGUGAUAGACCUCGACUAUUGGACAGAUCUCCUGUCUCAUGGUCAAGCAGUUAACAUGGCCAAUACGUUCAUCAAGGCUCUGGAAAACAUCAUCGAACAUCCGGAAAGUACCCUCGGUGAAUUAAACUACAUUCCAUCUGGUUCAUUGGAUCAGAUUGUGGAGUGGAACAAUAAUAUGCCCGAAACGAUCACAAAGUGCAUUCAUGAAGUUUUCCAAGAACAGGUGCAGGUAAAUCCAAAUGCACCUGCUAUCUGCUCCUGGGAUGGGAACUUUACCUACUCAGAUGUGGACAAUCUUUCUUCUCGUCUUGCCAAUUACUUGAUCAGCUUGGGUGUUGAACCGGAAACAUAUGUGGCUUUGUGUUUCGAUAAGUCAGCGUAUACAAUUAUUUCCAUGAUUGCUGUUCUCAAGGCUGGAGGUGGCUGCGUUCCAUUGGAUGCCGGCCAUCCCAAGGCGGCUUUAGAUUUGAGGGUGCUUGAAAGUGGAGCUAACGUCGUUCUUUCCUCGCCAUCUCGGACUCAAUUACUUGAAGAUAUUGUCCCAUAUGCCGUCACUGUCGAUGCAUCACUAUUUGACGAACUUGAGGAUGCUGACGGAACCGUUUUCAAUUCGGCUGGUCCUGAAAAUGUGGCCUUCCUUAUAUUCACCUCAGGCAGUACUGGUCAGCCCAAGGGGGUUGUCCUUGAGCAUCAAAGUCUCGUGACCAGUGCUGAAGCUCAUGGUGCGGCUCUCGGGGUUGACACAUCUACUAGAUUCUUGCAGUUUGCGUCAUACUCUUUUGACAACAGCUUGGAAGAGAUUUUCACCACUUUGAUGAGAGGGGGUUGCGUCUGUGUUCCCUCAGAGGAAGAUAGGAUGAACAACCUCGCAAAGGCUAUGAACGACCUGGACGUCAAUUUCACCGAUAUGACAGCAACGGUAGCGUCAUUCCUCCAGCCCAGUGAUGUUCCGAGACUCAAGGGUCUCGCCAUUGGAGGUGAAGCCCCUACCCAGGAGAUCAAAGACACAUGGACCAAGGUACUGCGACUACAGAACAUCUAUGGGCCAACAGAAUGUUCUAUUAACUGUUGUCAUAAUGCUGAUGUUGGCCUUCUGAGCGAUGUUACCAACAUCGGCCGUGCUGUUGGAUGCGUCACCUGGGUCGUCAACCCAUCUGACCAUAACUCUUUAGUCCCCAUCGGCUGCGUUGGUGAAUUGUUAAUUGAAGGGCCAAUUCUUGCGCGUCAUUACCUCAACAAUCCAAAGAAGACUGAAGAUAUCUUUAUUGAGAACCCACGAUUUAUCUCAACUUCUGUUGAGAAGACUCCGACGGUCACACAAAGCAGUCACCGUAUGUACAAAACAGGAGAUCUGGUUCGAUACAACUCCGACGGAUCGCUUGUUUACCUUGGUCGCAAAGAUACCCAGGUUAAAUUGAACGGUCAGCGCAUUGAACUUGGAGAAAUUGAGCAUCGAAUGCAAGCCACGCUACCUGAAGACAGUCAAUGUUCAGUCGAUCUGAUCAUCACUCGCAAUGGGGACACAACGUCCAAAUUUUUGGUCGCGUUUGUAUGUCUCCAGGCUGAAGGGAAGACACAAUCACAGAACGAUGUAGACUUUGUUUUACCCAUGACAGAUGCCUUCCAAGCGAUAGCUAUGGCUACCAAGUCGACUCUUAUUUCUCAGCUGCAGAAUUACAUGGUGCCAAAUGUCUAUAUACCCGUGUCAUUCUUACCCAUGACGUCUUCAGGAAAGCUAAAUCGUCGACUUUUGCGUGUUACUGCAGAGGAAAUAUUCGCUAAGGAUCCGUCCUCAUAUAGACUUGGAGGAAGAACUGGGAGAUCACCUUCGACCACCACUGAGAAAGCAUUGCAAGACUUAUGGGCGUCAAUUUUGUCCGUCGAUCCUCAAAGCAUCAGCGCCGAAGAUACAUUCUUCCGACAUGGCGGAGAUUCCAUCACAGCUAUGAAGAUGGUUACUGCUGCUCGGAAGGAAGGUUACAUGAUCACGGUAGCUGACAUUUUCAAGACCCCUACACUGUCAGAUAUGGCCCAAAAUGUCUCGGGGCUUUCGUCAACAGCGGCUGUGGAAAUGGACGCAGAAAUUGCGCCAUUUUCAUUGCUCGUAAAUACUGUUUCUCUGACCAAGAUCAAAAAUGAGAUUUUGGCCAUUUGCCAAGUCUCGGAUAAGGAAAUUGAAGAUAUUUAUCCUUGCACUGCUAUUCAAGAAGGACUGAUAGCCCUAUCGAGUACUCAGGCAGGAUCGUAUGUCACCCAAAACAUCUACGAACUCGAAAGUGGUGUCGAUAUCACCAAAUUCAAAGCUGCAUGGCAAAGUGUUGCUCAAGCAGAGACUAUUCUUCGAACCAGAAUUGUACACUCAAAGCUGUGUGGAUUCAUUCAAGUUGUUGUGCGUGAGCGACUAGAAUGGGAUUCGUUCGAGAAUGUGGAUGCUCUAUCUUCACAAACCCGUUCUCUACCAGUUAGAAAUGGCGGUAAACUAUCACGAUACACAAUCGUUGGGGAAUUUACAAAGACGCCACGCUUUGUAUGGACGGCUCACCAUGCGGUUUACGACGGAUGGAGCAUGCCCAUUCUCUUAGAUAAGAUUAAAGCCCAGUACGAGGGUAGCUUGGAAGAUGCCAAACAACCUCAGAGGUCUUAUAGCCAGUUUAUCAAAUAUUUAGCAGGUGUUGACUCCGACGAAACUCAAAAAUUCUGGAUCGAGAAACUGGAUGGUUCGACAAACGCUCAAUUCCCGUCACUACCCAACUCUUCUUACAAGCCAUCGCCAAAGGACCAAUUUAUUCGCACCUUCAACCUUCCUAAUCGCACAUCAUCCGACAUAACACUGCCGUCUAUCAUUCGGGCAUCCUGGACUCUGGCCAGUUCCGUGUUUUCCUUCUCUGAAGACGUCAUCUUUGGAGAAAUCUUAACUGGCCGAGACGCACCUGUUCCUGGAAUUUCUGACAUCAUUGGACCAGUACUAUCGAUAGUGCCAAUGCGAUUACAGGUUGACAAGAGCCUGACUAUUAAUGGGUUCUUGCAAGAUAUCCAGAAGCAAGCAGCCUCUCUGAUACCAUAUCAAUUCACCGGCCUUCAAAACAUCAGAAACUUCAGUGAAGAUGCAAAAUCAGCCUGCAAUUUCCAGACCUUGUUUUCUAUUGCACAUGGGGAUUCUGAUGAUAUCUCUGGGGUCAUGUCUCUUCAAAGUGCUAACUCAGGGGAGACGAACUUCUACACGUAUCCUUUGAAUAUUUCGUGCUUCAUCUGGGACGGUGAGUUGGAGAUCCAGGUCCAUUAUGAUCAGAAGGUCAUUCCGCAGAAACAGCUGGAGAGAGUUUUGUCCCAGUUUGAAACCAUGAUUGCCAAUCUCUGUUUACAAAAGAAUGCAGAGUUGACAGUAGGAGCUUUUGAUCUAGUCAAUGCGGGUGACCUCAGCACAAUCCACAAUUGGAAUGCGGCCUUGAGUUUGAGCCGGAACAAUAAAUGUAUCCAUGACAUGAUUGAAGAGAAUGUCCGCCUACAACCGAACGCUUCCGCCAUCAACUCCUGGGAUGGUUCUUUCACAUACCGAGAGCUUGAAGAUCAUUCGAACGCUCUUGCUCACCGCAUUGCUGCUAUUGUGGAUACAAAGACACAACGCUUCAUCCCAGUCUGCUUUGAGAAGUCGGCCUUUGCUGUUAUUUCUAUGAUAGCUAUCAUGAAGGCAGGCUGUGCGUUUGUUCCUUUAGAUCCUCAACAUCCUGUAGCACGGCGCCGAGAAAUCGUCUUGGACACUAGUGCAGAACUUGCUUUAUGUUCUCCACAAUAUAGCUCCUUGUGCCAGGACGUUAUUGAUCAAGUUCUUGCUAUUGAUAAGACUACGAUCGAGAGACUUCCUAUGAACGAGGUUCCUCUUGGGAAAUGUGAUCCAAGCGCGGCAGCGUAUGUAAUCUUCACGUCUGGAAGUACCGGGAAACCAAAAGGCUGCGUUAGUAAGUACACUCUUCUUGCCCCAUGGCUGCCCAUGCUUUUGAUUGGAGCCAUCAAGAAUGGCCCAGCAUUUUCCUUUGGCCCAUCUUCUAGAGUCCUCCAAUUCGCUUCUUAUACAUUCGAUGCUAGUUUACUUGAAAUUUUGACAGUCCUUGUCAUGGGAGGUUGUGUCUGUGUCCCUCACGAAAGCACCCGACUUAACGGAAUUUCUCAGUACAUCAAUGAUAAGAACAUCAACACUGCUCUUCUCACGCCAAGCAUGGCCCAGACUAUCCAGCCUCGCGAUGUGCCCGGUCUGCAGAAUUUAGCCCUUGUGGGUGAAGCCAUGGCACCAAGCCAUCUAGAAACGUGGGCGAGCAAGGUCAGAUUGAUCAAUGGGUACGGACCUACAGAGACCUCGAUUGUUGCUGCUGUGAAGCCACAUAUGCUACAAGAAACUCACCCUUCCAAUAUCGGGACACCUGUCGGCAAUGCCUGGCUUGUUGAUCCAGACAAUCACAAUAGGUUAGUGCCUGUGGGUGCUAUUGGAGAGCUGUUGGUUGAAGGCCCGACCCUGGCCAGAGGUUAUCUCAAUAACACGCAAAAGACUGAAGAAGUAUUCAUUACGCAACCAGGCUUCACCAAAAGCGGCUCAUUACAAUUUGAUGGAGAGAGAAGAAUGUACAAGACAGGAGACCUUGUGAAGUACUCCCCAGAUGAUUCCGGUGACCUGCUUUAUAUUGGCAGGAAGGACAACCAAGCCAAGGUUCAUGGACAGCGACUCGAGCUUGAAGAGGUUGAGCAUCACCUGAAUUCAGACACUGAAGUUCUGAAUGCUACUGUCAUCAUACCAAAGACAGGAAAAUUUGCGAAGAAGCUAAUCGCAGUUCUCUCGUUACGCAAGCUACCUGUAUCGAGUUCCGAUAAUGAUAUUCUGCGAAUUGUGACGACUAAACCCGCUUUGCAAGGCGUUGAAACAAUACGACAAAGACUCGAAAACCAGGUUCCUGCUUACAUGGUCCCUUCAAACUGGAUCGUUUUGGAACAACUACCGCUACUGGCUUCAGGAAAGUUGAAUCGCAAAAUGGUCAACCAAUAUAUCGAGAACAUGGAAGAAGACGUUUACGACAGUAUUACAGCUGCUGCAUUAGAAAACUCACCGAGCAAGGUUGUCAUCAUAACAGAGACCGAGGCGAGCUUGCAAAGAAUCUGGGGUUCUGUUCUUAACCUCAAUGCCGAGAGCAUUAGCCUAGAUCGCUCUUUUAUCCAUUCGGGGGGCGAUAGCAUGUCAGCUAUGGCUGUCAUGUCCCAAUGUCGGUCACAAAACCUAGGAGUCACUGUGGAAAACAUCAUAACCUGCAAAUCGAUCCGUCAUCUUGCUUCACUCGUGAAAUUGCCUCAGAAGGCCGUGCUUGAAAAAGAAGAUUACCAUGAGUUUGAUCUUUCGCCAAUUCAAAGUCUCUACUUCCAAUGCAUGCACGGUCAAAGCAAUAAAUUCAAUCAGAGUAUGAUGAUUGAGCUCAAGGGAUCCUUCUCAAAAGAUAAAUUACAAGAAUAUCUCACAAAGAUAGUCAAGUUACAUCCAAUGCUGCGAGCUCGGUUUUCUAGAGGCGGAAACGGUGUUUGGAAGCAACGAAUUUCGGCAAAUAUUGAGGACUCGUAUUCUUUUCGCACAGUGGAAUACUUUGAGACUGACGAUAUCUCACGCGAGGCUGAGGAUGCUCAGGCGUCCUUGGACAUUGUCAAUGGUCCUGUGAUGUGUGCAGUGCUUUUUGAUGACCCACCCGCCAAUCCUCAGCUUCUUGUUUGUGCCCACCACCUAGUAAUUGAUGUUGUGUCUUGGGGCGUUAUUGUACAAGACCUCGAGGAUCUAUUACACGGACGACCAGUGACUGAGAGUGAAGGAACUUCUUUCCAAAGAUGGUGCAGACUGCAGACUGAAUACGCCAAACGCAGUUCAAACACCAAACCGCUACCACUGGAUAAUAUCCCAGCUGCUGACCUAGGGUUCUGGGGCAUGGAAGAGAACAACAACAUUCAUGGAGAUGUUGUUACUGAACAAUUCACAAUCGAACCAUCCACGACAAGAAGCAUCCUCGGUUUGGCGAAUGAGAAGUUGCAGGUUGAGCUUGUUGAUCUUCUUCUUGCAAGUCUUCAGUUCUCUUUUAGCCGGGUAUUCCCUAACAGAAAGACGCCGCCAUGCAUCUACAACGAAGGCCACGGACGUGAGCCUCACGAUCCCGAGAUCGAUCUUUCUCGUACCGUUGGAUGGUUCACUACUAUGAGUCCAGUGCAUAUGCCUUCCGACGCUACAAUGGGCGAUGGCGAUGGCGUUGGUCUCCGUGAAUGCAUCAGUUGGGUCAAAGACCUUCGCGGAAAAACUCCAGGAAAGGGAAUGCCUUAUUUUGCACAGCGGUUCCUUACUUGGGAAGGAAGUGAAAGGUAUCGCGACCACUGGCCGAUGGAAAUUACUUUCAAUUACCUCGGGAAACACAACACUUCCAAAAAUCACGAUAAAUUACUAGAGCCAAUCAAUGGUACCGGGCAAUCAAUUAACUCUUCUUUCGACAUUGGGGCUGAUGUCCCUCGAUUUUCGCUUAUUGAAAUAUCCGCGGCAAUAGUCGAGGACAGCUUGAACCUAUCGUUUUCUUACAACAAAGCCAUGGAAAGACAGACAGGCAUAGGCCGAUGGGUUGCAGACUGCAAAGAUUUACUGACUGACACCCUUAACGACCCUUGUUUGCAAAAGCCACAACCAAGCUUGAGCGACUUCCCUCUUCUACCGUUAUCAUUCCAUGGUCUUACAAAGUUGAGAGAGAGCUUGGAAAAAUCUGCAAUUAAUUCUUUUGAAGAGAUUGAGGACAUAUAUCCUUCUUCUCCUAUGCAGCAAGGCAUUCUGCUCAGCCAGUUCAAAGACUCUACUACGUAUUCAUAUCAGACCAUAUUUGAGGUUGACAUGCCCACGGCCGCGAUUGACGUGCAGAAGCUGGCUUCCGCCUGGCAAAGGGUCGUUCAACGCCAUUCCACACUCAGAACAAUUUUCAUUGAUGGCAGUCAUGAGUCCUCACUUAUGGAUCAAGUAGUUUUCAAGUCAGCAGACCCAAAACUCGUUCUUCUUGCUAAUUUAGAUGAAAAUGGCCGGCAGUCCUUGUCAGAAAUACAAAGUUUGGAUUUCAGAGAUGGUUCUCCACCUCAUCGCCUAGCAAUCUGCCAGACUCCUUCGGGAAAGGUUUUCUGUCGGUUUGACAUCAGCAACGCUAUUGCAGAUGGCACUUCCAUGCCAAUUAUCAUUCGAGAUCUCUCGAGGGAAUAUAUGGGCUUGGCUCCUAUGACCUCACAACCACCUAGAUAUGGCGAUUUUAUUGCCCACCUGCAAACUGUGUCCAAGGAGAAAAGUGUCAAAUACUGGAAACAAUAUCUUUCCGGUACAGAGCCCUGUUUGUUCCCGUCUUUGGUGGAAGAAGAACGACGCGAGAAAAGCCUCGGCUCCGAGAUUCUUAUUCUCAAGGACAAUGCACAAAUGCAAGAGUUUUGCAAAGACAUGGGAAUCACGAUGUCAGCUCUCUUCCAACUUGUGUGGGCUCUAGUCUUAAGGUCCUACACCGGUUCCGAUGAAAUAUGCUUCGGCUACGUCGCUUCAGGACGCGAUAUCCCGGUGGACAAUAUACAAGAUGCAGUUGGGGCAUUCAUCAACAUGCUGGUAUACAAGAUCAAUUUGAAAAAGGAUAUAUUGUUGCAGAAAGCGUUGAAAAAGACCCAACUCGAUUUCAUCAAAAGUAUGGAGCAUCAGUCUAUUUCACUCGCAGAGGUACAGCACGAGCUUGAUCUUGCGGAUGCCUCAUUAUUCAACACAGCCUUCACGUUCCAGAGACGGGGCGCCUUGGAGGAAGAUACCACGCCCUCGCUAUCCUUCAAAUCUUUUGAAUCCUACGAUCCUAGUGAAUACAAGCUGGCAAUAAACGUCGAGAUGCUCAGUUCGAGUACCGAGGUUCACUUUAGCUACUGGAAGGAUUUCCUGUCUAGCGAUCAAGUCAAGAACAUCGCAGACACAUUUGAGAAAAUAAUCGGUGACGUUACAAAGGAAACGACCACUUCCAUGUCUAUCGGAGAUAUUGAAUGCUUCGGAAACUCAAGUUGCAGUACUGUUCGCAAACUGAAUGAUAUUUCUCUGAUCAAGGUUGACAAGUGUGUUCAUGAGAUGAUCCAAGAGCAGGCUGUAAUCCAGCCAUCAGCCCCGGCAGUCGAGGGAUGGGACGCUCAAUUUACCUAUGAAGAGCUCAACAAUCUUGGGGAACGCCUUGCAAUCCAACUUCAAGACCAAGGGGUCGGCCCAGAAGUUAUCGUUCCUCUCUUCUUUGAAAAGUCUUCAUGGGCCAUUGUUGCCCAAGUUGCUGUACUCAAAGCGGGAGGCGCAUUCGUCUCUUUCGAUCCAUCACAUCCCGAGGAUAGACUGCGAGCACUUGUAGAUGAUGUACAAGGUCGCGUGGUCUUGAGUUCGGCUUCACAAUAUGAAAAGGUCUCUCGAAUCUCCGAAAAUGUUAUAUUGGUAGACAACAACUCUCUGCUACGAUUUCCACAAGUUCACGGCCAGAUACGCUCCGUUGUUAAACCAGCAAAUACAGCAUAUGUGAUCUUCACCUCUGGGUCAACAGGGAAGCCAAAGGGAACGGUAAUAGAGCAUGGCCAAUUUUGCACAGGCGCUAUAGCUCAUGGGGAAGCGCUACACAUGAACUCGAAAACACGGUCCUAUCAAUUCGCUUCGUACACAUUUGACGCAUCCAUCUUGGACAUUCUUUCGGUUCUCGUAUUAGGUGGGUGCGUUUGUGUACCUAGUAAUGAGGAGCGUAUGAACGACAUGGCUGGCAGCAUUGGAAGACUACGUGCCAAUUGGAUGUGUAUCACACCUUCCGUUGCUGGGACUCUUAAGCCUGAGAGUAUACCCACUAUGAAAGUCAUCGCAAUGGGAGGUGAAAAGCUCACUCCAGGUAGUAUCGAAAAGUGGUCAAAAUCCGUAUGCCUUGUUGAAGCCUAUGGGCCUAGCGAGUGCUCUGUCGUCUGUGCAGCAAAUGACAAAGUUGAUGCGUCUGGUAAAAUUGUCAACUUCGACCCUGCUGUGAUUGGAACGGCUGUCGGUAGUCGAUCUUGGAUUGUCGAUCAGAGAGAUUAUAAUAAGCUUGUGCCAGUCGGAGCCAUCGGUGAAUUGGUGAUUGAAGGUAAUAUAGUUGGUCGUGGCUAUCUCAACAACAAAAUUAAGACAAGGGAGGCUUUUAUACAGGAUCCCACCUGGGCAGCGAAUGAGAACAUACGCGAUCUAGUUGCCCCCGGAAGUCGAAUGUAUCGCACUGGAGAUCUUGUCCGUUACAAUUCAGACGGCACCCUCACUUAUAUGGCAAGAAUGGACAUGCAAAUCAAGCUCAAUGGCCAGCGUAUUGAGCUAGGUGAAAUUGAAUAUCAAUGUGCACAGCAAAUGCCUGAGAAUGUGCAGUUGGCAGUUGAUCUCGUUGCUCCCGGUUCACAUGCUGGGGCAAAGAAACUAGCCAUGUUUUUCACUUCGAAUUCGAAUAAGACUACCUCGGGAAAUAUCGUCCGACAAGAUGAACGCCUUCUUCUGACAAUGAGUGGCUCGAUUCAAGAUACGAUCAAGGGCCUAGAGGAGUCUUUGGGCAAAGUCCUGCCAUCGUAUAUGAUUCCACAACUAUUCUUCCCAGUGACAACCAUACCAUUCACUACAUCCGGAAAACUUGAUCGUCGAAAGCUUCACGGCGAAAUUAACGACCUUUCUAGAGAAGCCCUUAAAGCUUACUCUCUAGUAACCUCGAUGAAACGACAGGCUCCUACCGACAAAACGCAGCUAGUAUUGCAAAGUUUAUGGUCUCAAGUCCUUGGUCUACCCACAGCUUCGAUUGGCAGUGAUGACAGUUUUUUCAGACUUGGUGGGGACUCUCUGGCUGCUAUGAAGCUUGUGGGAACUGCCCGGUCUCAAGGACUAACCCUAAGUGUUCUGGAUGUUUUCCGCCACUCUUCACUCAAAGAAAUGUCCUCGCGAUGCCAAACAGCGAAGAAUACAUCUGUCAGUAGUGUCGAACCAUUUAGUCUACUAGCACAAGCAUCCAAAGGAGAAAUCAUGGAGGAAGUGGCAAGUCAAUGCGGCGUCAAUCAGCAUACGGUUUCCGACAUUUACCCUUGCAGUCCCCUUCAAGAAGGUCUCAUCACAUCAUCAGUCAAACAAAGGGGAGCAUACGUUGCCAAAAACAUUCUUCGACUAGCUCAGAAUGUUGAUAUUCAAAAGUUCAAGACUGCUUGGCAGCAAUUAGUGGAUGAAUUCGACAUUCUCCGAACCCGCAUCAUCCAUACAGCUUCCUCUAACUUCCUACAGGUAGUCCUCAAAAAGGACGAAAUCAAGUGGUACACCUCACACAACCUGGAAGAAGCUACCAGCUAUUCUUCGAAAGUCCCGGAAUCUGACGGUGGCGCCCUCACGAGAUACACCUUAGUUGAAGACAAAUCUUCAUCGUCCAUUUACUUCGUCUGGCUGAUUCACCACGCGCUGUACGAUGCAUGGGGGCUAGACAUUAUCCUAACGAGAUUUCAAGAAAUUUAUUUCUCGAAGUCUAAAAUUUCACCAAAGGCUUCCUACGCAAACUUUAUCGGUUAUCUACAAGAACGGAAUCCUCAAACCUCAGACAACUUCUGGAAAACCUAUCUCGCCAACACAUCAUCUACACCGUUUCCACCUUCGAUCGAAGAUUCGCCAGGGGAUCGAGAACUAACCACAAAGACAGUGAGCACAAUCACAAGAAUACCACAAAAGUCAUCAGGACUUGAUAUUACCGUGCCAGUGUUAAUCCGAGCAGCAUGGGCUCUCGUGUUAUCAAAUCGUACACAAUCAAGUGACAUAUGCUUUGGGGAGACACUGAGUGGUAGGAAUGCGGACGUGGCAGGCAUUGCUGAUCUAGCAGGCCCUGUACUGACAACAGUACCGACUCGUAUCAAUGUCGAUCUUUCACUCAAAAAGAAGGACUACCUCGAGGGAAUUCAGAAAGCGUCUACGGAAAUCAUUCCUCAUCAGCAUGCAGGUUUACAGCAUAUCAGGAAACUUGGAGUAGACGCUGCGUCUGCUUCCGACUUCAGGAAUUUGAUUGUUAUACAGAACGAAGAAUCUGCCGAAAGCAACGACCUCUGGGAAGUUCAAAAUGACGGAACGCUUGGCAGCUUCUUCACUUUCCCUCUCGUGGUGGAGUGUAAGCUAUCCAAAUCUCAUGUUGAGUUGAAUCUCCACUUUGAUGAACAGGUGCUUUCUACCUGGGCUUCAGAGAGAAUACUGCUGCAGUUUUCACACGUUCUUCAGCAGCUUGCAUCUGUCAAUUCUAGCGACACCGAGUCUCUUGAGACAGUUGAAAUGGUAAGCCCGGAGGAUAGGGAGGAAAUUACGUGGUGGAACAGACGCCGCCCGCAAGCGGUUGACCGAUGCAUUCAUGAUAUAUUCCACGAAUGGUGCAUCUCACAACCCCAAGCUUCCGCAGUGGAUGGCUGGGAUGGCCAUCUUACCUAUCAAGAGAUGAAUACAUAUGCAUCAAGACUGGCAUCGUACUUGAGGACGCUAAAUGUUGGACCAGAAGUGCUGGUACCCUUAUGUCUUGACAGAUCUGCAUGGACUAUUGUUACGAUGUAUGCGGUACUUAUUGCUGGUGGCGCCAUUGUUCCUCUUGAUCCAACUCAUCCCGUCGAAAGACACACGGAAAUCAUCACGCAACUGAACAUUGGCGUCGUUUUGUGCUCUCCUAAAUACCAUUCUAGAUUCGAUGGCGUCGUCAAAAACAUAGUCGAUAUUCAUGAAGGUAUGAUCAAAAAGCUCUCAUCCGGGACCACAUCUUCAGUGCAGGCUAUCAGCACAAACAGUCGAAACGCGGCAUACGGAAUCUUCACUUCAGGGAGCACUGGAAAGCCAAAGGGGAUCAUUGUCGACCACCGGGCAUUCAAUUCGAGCUCUGCAGCUUACAGUCCUGCUAUACGGAUGGACUCAAAAAGCCGAGUGCUUCAAUUCUCGUCACUUACAUUCGACGCUGCCGUCUUGGAAAUAUUCUCAACUUUGACAAACGGAGGCUGCGUGUGCGUGCCCAAUGACGAGGAACGUCUGCAAGACUUAUCAGGCGCUAUCUGUCGGAUGAAUGUGAACUGGACAUUUUUAACCCCUUCUGUUGCCAAUUUGAUCGAUCCAUCUUCUGUUCCAUGCCUCAAAACUCUGGGAUGCGGGGGUGAAGCAAUGAGCCCUGAAGUUAUAUCUAAAUGGGCGAACAAGGUUGAACUAGUGAAUAUAUAUGGGCCAACGGAGACAUCAGUGAUGUGUGUUGUGAGAUCAGUCGCACCAAAAGACUCUGCAACCAGCAUUGGGCAAGGGACACAAUCGACCCUUACUUGGGUUGUAAACCCCGACAACUACAACCAACUCAUGCCUUUGGGUGCUGUUGGCGAAUUGGCGUUAGAAGGGCCUGCUCUAUCCCGCGGAUAUCUUGCAGAUGAUGCCAAAACCAAAGCAGUAUUCGUCGAAAAUCCUUCAUGGGCGUCAAAAUUCCCAUCAUCUGUUCCUGGAGCCCGGCGGCUACAUUUGUCCGGUGACCUUGUUAAAUACACAUCUGAUGGCUCCCUCGAUUUUGUUGGUCGGAAGGAUAACCAAGUCAAACUCAACGGUCAACGAAUGGAUCUCGGCGAGAUCGAGCACCGAUUGGAAACGGAUCCUCGUGUGCGACAUGUCAUUGUUCUGUUGCCAAAGUCGGGACAUCUUCAGAAGCGAUUGGUGGCAGUCCUCUCUUUGAACACCUCCAAGCAAUCAAUUGUUUCCUCUCAGCCUUGCGAGCUUGUUCAAAGGAAUUCACACAUUGAUUCUGAGUUGGAAGACAUCAAACACAAGCUAUCAUUACAGCUACCUUCCUACAUGGUCCCCCAAACAUGGGCAGUUGUGAAUUUGAUCCCGAUGCUCGUCUCUGGGAAGCUCGAUAGGAAAAAGGUUAAAGGCUGGGUCGAAGAUAUACCAGAAGAAAUCUCACAACAUAUUGUGGGUGCUGAAGAAAGCAAUGAAUCUCCCGCAGAGGUCACCGGAGUCAUUUCAAUUUUGCGCGAUGUUUGGAGUCAGGUGCUCAACUUGCCUGUCGAAAAAGUAAAGCUGAACCAGUCAUUCAUGAGCCUAGGUGGUGAUAGUAUUACAGCCAUGGCUGUGGUAUCUAGAAGCCGACGACAUAAGAUAGGAGUGUCCCUUCACGACGUACUCCGUUCUUCGUCAAUUGUACAAUUAGCCAGUACAGUUGAGGCUAGCAUUGUGAUUGUGCAAACCGAAGAAAAAACAGAGCAAGAUUUCGAUCUUUCGCCAAUCCAAACGAUUUAUCUUGCUGCCAGCAAAGAACAUCAAGGGAAUAGCCGGUUCAACCAGAGCUUUAGUCUUCGCUUGUCACGAUACAUCAGCCCCCAGGCCAUGAAAUCAGCAGUUAGAAGCCUUGUCAUCCAACAUUCAAUGCUGCGUGCACGAUUCAGAGAAGACAGUGAUGGCAAAUGGGUUCAGCGUCUCUCUAACGAGAUCGAAUCAUCUUUUCGGUUUAAUAACUACACAUUAUCCAAGCAGGCUGACGCAACUGAUAUCAUCAUCAAGAGCCAACAGAGCCUAGACAUCUUGCAUGGUCCAUUGUUUACUGUUGACAUGUUUGAAACCCAAGACAACCAGCAAUUUUUGUUCUUGGUUGCUCAUCACCUAGUUGUUGACAUGGUUUCUUGGAGAAUUAUUAUUCAGGACUUGCAAGAAAUUAUUGAAACCAGAACCCUUCCCAGUGAUAAGCCGCUAUCUUUCCAGACCUGGUGUUCGCUGCAAGCCGAACAUGCCAGACGAGAUGAAAAGGCAAAGGUCCUUCCUUUCAAGAUUCUACCAACAAAUACUGGCUACUGGGGAAUGGAUAGCGUCCCAAACACUUACGGUGCGGUCGAACAGAAAUCUUUCACUUUAAGUGAGGAAACCACUGCUUUCACAAUGGCUAGUCACCACGAUGUUUUCCGGACUGAGCCCAUGGACUUUUUAUUGGCAGCAAUCCUUCAUUCCUUCCACUGCGUCUUUACUGACAGGUUUCUACCUACAUUAUUUAAUGAAGGUCAUGGAAGAGAGGCUUGGGACUCACAAAGCGAUCCAUCACGAACUGUUGGCUGGUUCACGAACAUCUCACCCGUUCAAGUGUCAUUACAGUCAGAUGAUAUACUAGACACUUUGAAACGAGUCAAAGAUACUAGAAGGAGUGUGCAGGAAACUGCAAAACAUUAUCUCGCUUAUCACUUCCUUUCACAGGGCAAUCAAGUAUCUUCGACACGGCCCAAGGUACCUAUGGAGAUCUUGUUCAACUAUUUGGGUGCCAUGCAACAACUUGAGCGCGAUGACUCGUUGCUCCAAAGCGCCGAAAUACUUUCUGAUACAGCUGAUCCAUUACUUGUUGGGGACAUGGGACCUAAUACUCCAAGAUUUGCCCUGUUCGAGGUCUCAGCGAUUGUCAUGCAUGGCAGAUUACGUUUUACGUUUAUGUAUAACCGCCACAUGCAACAUCUCAAUGAAAUCAAUCAAUGGAUAUCAGAGUGCCAAUGGGCUUUGGAAGAAUUGGUAGUCAGGUUGAGACGGUGCAGUGCAGAGCCAACGCUGAGCGAUUAUCCUCUGCUUCCUCUCGGUUACGAUGGAUUGAAACGCCUAGCCAAGGAGUCCUUCCCAAGGGUCGGUAUUUCGCAUCGAGAUCAGGUUGAAGACAUCUAUCCCUGUUCGCCUACCCAGGAAGGCAUGCUUCUUAGUCAACUCCGUGAUCCCAACACCUAUCUUUUCAACAUCGUUUUCGAAGUCAAGCAUGCCAAUUCGACAGGAAAAGUCAACUUUCAACAGCUUAUCAAUGCAUGGAAAGGUGUAGUCGACAGACAUGCAGCUCUGCGUACUAUCUUUAUCAAUAGUACAUACAAAGGUGGUGCUUUUGAUCAAGUUGUUUUGAAAAAAGUCGAAACUGGAAUUACUUAUUUCGAGUGUGAAGAGCACGAAGUCUUCACCAAACUUCAAUCUGUUCAACUUGCCGAAAAGAACAGUAAACGAAAACAGAAGAUACCGCACCAGAUGACAAUCUGUAGCACUUCCGCCGGCAGGGUGUUUAUCAAGAUGGAGAUCAAUCACGCAGUAAUAGAUGGAGGAUCAACUCAGAUUUUGAUACGUGAUCUGUCUCUUGGAUACGACGAGCAAUUGUCUAAAGGUCCGGGGCCGCUAUACUCAGAUUACAUCCGGUUCAUCCGCAGUCAACCAGCAACUGAAGCUGUUUCAUUUUGGAAACGAUAUUUGACAGGCGUUCAAGCAUGCCACUUUCCCCGCCUAGGCUCUGGCAGCAACGGAAAGGGACUUGCUUCAUUGACAGUCACGUUCAACUAUUGGCCAGAGCUACAGAAUUACUGCGAGAAGUCUAGAGUGACGCUCGCAAAUGUGAUACAAGCAGCAUGGGCGUUGGUACUUCGACGGUACACCGGCUCUGACGACGUGUGCUUUGGCUAUUUGUCUGCUGGAAGAGAUGCACCUGUAAAUGGAAUUCAGGACACGAUUGGGGUCUUCAUUAACAUGCUGUGCUGUCGUGUCCGACUUUCGGGAUCACAGCUUCUGGCUGAAAUUCCUAGUACUAUCCAGGAUGAUUACAUGAACGGAAUACCGCACCAACGUUGUUCUUUGGCGCAGGUCCAGCAUGAGCUGGGCUUGCAGGGAAAACAGAUUUUCAACACGGCACUCUCUAUUCAAAAUCAUUCCAAAUCCAGUGAUUCAGAAGAGGGGUCUUUGACCUUUACGGCACAAGAGGCACAUGAUCCAAGCGAGUAUCCGAUUACAUUGAAUAUCGAGACGGCCAAGGAUGAAGAGGGGAUCGUUAUUCGCUACUGGACUGAUAUGAUCUCAAGUCAACACGCGUCCGAAAUCUCCGAGACAAUUGCUUCCACUCUCCAAGCUUUCGUGCAAGAACCUACAGAAACAGUAUCUCGUGUUAAUUUGAGAAACGUUAAGACCAAGGAAACCGACACUGAGCAAAAGCACAGGGUGAGCAAAAAUACGUCGCACCAGCAUGUAGACAUCGGCCAGCUCCUGGAAAACCAUCCUGGCCUCCAGGCCCUCAUUGACGAGAGAGUCCAAACUAUCGUCCAGCAAAUGUUCAGUCUCAGUCGACGCAGCUCUUUAGCCCGGAGAAUGUCUGUCAGAUCCAACGUCACCGAACAAGAAGUGACGAGAAUUGCACAGUCCGAAUCUGAUGCCUUUUCAUGCGCUUCAGAGGAUAUAUACAGCCCCGAUAUUGAAAAUUCGAUGAUCCCAGUUGCGGCUCAGAUCCACGAACGCGGCAGACGAGCCACUCUUGAGGAAAAGCUCUUGCGGCUUUGGAGCGAAAAGCUCGAUUUACCUCUGUCCUCGAUAACGAAAGAUGACAGCUUCUUUGAACUAGGUGGUGAUAGCAUCACUGCAAUGGGCCUCGUAGGGGACGCGCGUGACGAAGGUCUAAUCUUGACUGUGGCUGAUGUAUUCCGCAAUCCUAUUUUCAAAGACAUGGCAAGCGUGGCUCAGAUUGCCAGUGAAGUCAGCUUCGUCGACGUGGAAAUCAACAACAUGAACAAACUCGGCCAGCAGUCAUCCUCUACAUCCGCCAAGGGUAAUAUCUACGAGCGAUUCGCGCUGCUCAAGUCUGCCAACAUUGACGAGGCGUUUCUUCAAAAGUACAUUUGCCCGCGCGUCGGGGUGUUCAAGGGAGGAAUCGUGGACAUACUACCCGUUACCGACUUUCAAGCUCUCUCGAUCACUGGUGCACUCUUGCAGUCACGGUGGAUGCUCAACUUUUUUUGCCUUGAUGGACGGGGUGCAUUGGACUUUCGACGUCUCAAGCAGAGUUGCUUCCGUGUGGUGCACGCUUUUGAUAUUCUGCGAACAGUCUUUGUUGCCUCCAAGGGACGUUUUCUGCAGGUCAUUCUCCGCAAAGUUCGACCUGAAUUCUCGGUUUACGAAACAGACGAGAGUCUAGAUGAUUUUACCUCCACGCUACAGCAACGUGAUAUUGAGCAAGGAGUAAAGCAGGGCGAGCCAUUUGUGCAGUUUUUUGUCGUCAAGGAGAAAAACACUGACAGGCACCGCAUCAUCUUGCGUAUUUCACAUGCACAGUAUGAUGGCGUAUCUCUUCCAAGAAUUCUGUCGGCGAUCAAGGCCGGGUAUGAAGGAGGACCGAUACCGUCGCCUGUUUCUUUUGCAAAUUUCGUCCGUGACUCGGCAAGAAUCAUCACCAGCAGUCAUUACGAUUAUUGGAAGAAUUUACUCAAAGAUUCCAAAAUGACCGAUAUUGUCCGUCGCCAGGCUCCCGGAUACCGCAAGUCAACAGGGAAUACUACAAUCCUGCGCAAAACUGUACAUGUGCCAUCCAUGGCCCAUGGAAACAUCACAACGGCGACUGUCAUCAAAGCAGCUUGGGCAUUAACCCUAGCAAGGGUUACAGGAAGCGACGAUGUGGUGUUUGGCCACACAAUCAGCGGAAGAAACACAGCAGCCAUUUCCGGGGUAGAGUCCAUGGUCGGACCAUGCAUGAACAUUGUACCAGUCCGCAUCAAAUUCAGCGAGAAAUGGACUGUCCUUGAUCUGCUUCGACACGUCCAAGACCAGCAAGUCGCCAACAUGCCUUAUGAAGCACUGGGGUUCCGGCACAUUAUCCAAGACUGCACAGACUGGCCUAACUGGACGACUUUUAGUACUAUUCUGCAACACGAUGCUGUCAGCUCGUCAAAUGACAUCAAGCUCGGAGACAACACUUAUGUGGUAAAGGGAGUAGGCAGUGAUGAAGAACUAGCCGAUUUCUCUAUCAAUUCCAUAUCCCUGGAUCAAAAUCAAGUGGAAAUGAUACUGUCGUUCUCUGUCGAGGGCUCCAUCACUAUGGAGCUCGCGCAACGAGUAUUGGAUAUGGUCUGCGACACGGCAGAAGGCUUCACCAAAAACCCAGACAUGGUUCUUCCAUCGCCUACCGCACUCUCUGCUCUGCCACCUCAAAACGUGCAAGACACCACUGGCCAGGAAUACGGCAUUGCCAACGCAGCCCAAUCUUCUUCGUCUUCCUCGCAACUCGCCCAGCUAAGCCGUGCAGAUAUCCUCGUUCUUUCGGAUGUUAUCCGGCGCGCAUGGGAACAAGUCCUAGCUGAUAAGGACGACAAUAGCCCUCCACUCAAACCAGACUCGUCAUUCUUCGACCUUGGCGGCGAUCUGAUCGGUCUCGCGCAGGUAUCGUGGCUUCUCGAGCAGGAAGAUUUGAAAGUGCAACUUGACGAUCUAGUCGACUGUCCGACUAUGAUGAGGCAGAUGAAUGCUCUGGUUCAAUCCAACAGUCUCGACGCACAAAGGCAGACGAUUAUGAUGAUGGCCGGAGGACAAGGAUCUUCAGCAGCCAAUUCGACGUCUGAGGUUGAUGCAGUAGUAGGUGGAGGUUCGCAGCAGCAGUCUAGUACUACUACGACUAGCAAAACAACGCAGCGGAAAUCUGUGAAUUGGGCGUCAGCGUUUGGGCUGGCGAAGAAAAUUGUGAAGAGGAGGGUUGAGGUUACUGAGACUUGA